AAAGAGCAGAGGCCGAAGACAGAGAAAAAUCGAAGUGCGUGAGCCACGAAACAAAGCUAAAACUAAAGCGUACAAGAGGCCAAAAGCCAAACACCGUACAGUCAGUCCUAGCGAGGGAGGGAGGGAGAGAGAGAGAGAGCAGGAGCUUCAUUACUGCGAAACCAUCUCCGUCUCUCUUCUUGUCUUUUACUCUUAUAUUUGUUUCCUACCGAUCGAGCUCGUUCGAUUCGUCUAGAACAUUCUCGAAGUUUAGAUUCUCUCAUAGGACGCUUUCUGAUUCUUUUUUGGUCCUGUUCAUAGUGUACAGUAAUCACAAAGGAAGCCAUUGGCGAUGGACUUGUACGGUCGGAAUCUGACGAGGAAUGGGUCUCAUCCGGGUCAGCAACUUGAAUGGAGCCCUGCAGGUGGUGAAACUGGGCUUGAAGAAUCAAUGUGGCGAUUGGGACUGAGUGGCGAUGAAUCUUAUCCUGAGCGGCCCGGCGUGCCAGACUGUGUGUACUACAUGCGAACUGGGUUCUGUGGAUAUGGUAGCAGGUGCCGUUACAAUCAUCCUCGCAACCGGGCUGCGGUUGAAGCUGCUGUAAGAGCUACUAGGGAGUACCCAGAACGAGUGGGGGAACCGUUAUGUCAGUUCUAUUUAAAAACUGGAACCUGUAAAUUUGGUGCGUCCUGCAAGUUCCACCAUCCAAAACAUGCAGGUGGAUCUAUGAGCCAUGUUCCUCUUAAUACAUAUGGAUACCCAUUACGACCGGGUGAGAAUGAAUGCUCCUACUAUUUGAAAACAGGGCAAUGCAAAUUUGGUAUCACUUGUAAAUUCCAUCAUCCUCAACCAGCCGGCAGAUCAAUGCCAGCAUCUGCACCUCAGUUUUAUCCAUCGGUGCAGUCUCCUUCAGUUCCUAUACCUGAACAAUAUGGAGGUGCAUCCACAAGCUUGAGGGUGGCGAGGCCACCGCUGAUGCCUGGUUCAUAUGUGCAAGGUGCAUAUGGUCCCAUGCUACUUCCCCCUGGAGUUGUUCCUAUACCGGGUUGGAAUCCAUACUCGGCCCCUGUAAGCCCUGUUCUCUCUCCUGGUGCACAACCUGGUGUAGGAGCAACUUCUCUGUAUGGAGUUACUCAACUAUCUUCUGCCCCUUAUCCUUCUUUACCCUCUUCUGGCCCUUCAAGCAGUAGUCGUUUGGAACAGGUGUUUCCCGAGAGGCCUGGGGAACCUGAAUGCCAGUAUUACCUGAGAACUGGAGAUUGUAAAUUUGGAUCAUCAUGUAGGUAUCAUCACCCACGUGAUCGGGCUGCUCCAAGAUCUGAUUGCUUCCUCAGUCCACUUGGUCUACCUAUGCGUCCGGGAGUACAACCCUGUACUUUCUACUUGCAAAACGGGCACUGCAAAUUUGGAGCUACAUGCAAAUUUGAUCAUCCAAUGGGAACAAUGAGAUAUAGUCCAUCAGCAUCGUCCCUCACUGAUAUGCCAGUUGCUCCCUACCCUGUUGGGUCACUGCUGGGUACUCUGGCUCCCGCUUCCUCUUCUUCUGAUCUACGACCUGAGCUGAUUUCGGGGGGGAAAAAGGACAUGUAUUUGAGCAGAAUUUCUUCAUCUGGAAACACGACUAGUAGCUCGGUUGGUUUGAUGUUCUCUCAGACUGGGUCUGUUUCACUUUCUGAUUUGCAGCUUUCAGGUCAGAGUUCUGUUCCUUUAAGCAGUAGCAGAACCACAAGACCAGGCAGUGAGGUCCGUCACUCAAGUUGAUGUAAACCAAAACCCAUCCUUCAUUAGCUGUGGAUGUGGUUUCACUUCGGUUUGUAGAUCUUAGUAAAUUAUGGUCAAAUGUGCAGCGUCAUUUUAUGUGGUCUAGGUUUAUCAUGUGGCUUAGCUCGAAUUAGGAGGGACCCAUCUAUUAUGCUUAUCGUAUGUGGCUAUUAAUAUUAUCUUAAAUAAGCCUCUAUGGCAAAAGAAAAUGAACUUCCCCCCUCGUUUUUCAAUUAAUAACACCCAGAAAGUGAGUACACUGGGUCAGCCUACAACUCUCCUUCACCGGGUCUUGUUUAUGCUUAUGUUCUGAUCAUUGUCGGAAUGAAAAGGCUAAGAGUUCCUCGUGUUAUUGUACGUUCAUGCCUUUUCCUCCCAAUCUCGUGUGUUAUUCUACUCUUGUCAUAUCUCCCUCUGGUCCUCUUAAAAUGAGGACCGAUCCAAUUAGUAAUGUCUAAGCUUAUUUGUUGGAUUCCAGGGCGAAAUUGAGAGUGUUUAAAGGUUACAGGAAGGCAUCUCAUUGUAGCCUUAUUUUGAAAUGCAAGAGAUUGCCGUUUUUGAGGGGGUAACAUAUUUAUGUAAAACAGUAAGAAGUCCUUUGAAUGUAAAAAAUUCUCUCCAUUUCCUCUUUACUUCAUUGAGUUGCAUCAUAUGAAGAUUAUAUUUAGAGUUUGUUGCUGUAAUUGAUCAAGAUUGCUGUGUACUUAAAUGAUUGAUAAGGGAAAAAAACUAUGAAUGCUUUGAUUGCUGUGGAGUUAAA